AUGUCGAAAUACAACCCAAUUGACGAUGAUGCCGACACCACGGCCGCCUGGGGAGACGAUCUAGGCGAUGACAUUCUGGCCGACGAGGAGCCACCGAGAUACGACCCUCAACCAGAGACACCAGCUGCUGCUCCGGCUAGUAACAUCAACAAUGUUCAGGGCUCCAUGGCGGGUGGAAACACAAACACAUCGUCGUCAACAGCAGCUAACCAGCGGGUGCCACGAGCCAACCCGGGAAAAUUCUGGAAUCUGUCCUUCUACGAGCAGUACUUUGAUGUGGACGCCAAGGAAGUGGGAGACAAGAUUGUCCAGGCAGUGAACCCUCUGUCGGGAGGAGGUCAGAGUUCCACCUACUUUUUAGACCAGCCUGCGGACCUCUAUGGCCCCUUUUGGAUUGCUUCAACACUCAUCUUCGCCCUCUUCUUUGCAAACACGUUGGUGGGACUUAUCAAAAACAGCUCUGGAGAGAAGUUCUCGUACGAGUUUGGGCUCAUCACCGCCAACGCCGCUCUCACGUACUCGUACACCUUUCUGGUGCCUGGAGCUCUUUUCCUGCUGCUCAAUUAUUGGGACAUUGGAGCCACCUCGCCCCAUCUGUCGAAAUUGGUCAACCUCAUUGCGGUGUACGGAUAUUCACAGUGCGUGUGGGUUCUCAUCUGCGCCGGCAACAUCAUUUUGCCUGUGUGGCUGCCCGUGGGCUUCUGGAUCAACCUUGUGGGCUGGGUGCUGACCACUGUCGGCUUCCUGUCAUCGGGUUGGUUUCUACUCAAGGCUCUGUACUUUCCCGUGAAGCAGAACUCGCCCCACUUGCACCUGCGAGUGCUGGUACUAGUGCUGCUACUGCAUGUGGGCUUUUCGCUCGCAGUCAAGUUUGCCUUUUUCAAGGGCGUGGCUCCUGUCAAGGACUAA